AGCUCACCUGGGACCGGGACAGCUCACCCGGGACCGGGAUAACCGCACCUGGCCCGGGACAGCUCACCUGGGACCGGGACAGCUCACCUGGGACCGGGAUAACCGCACCCGGGACCGGGACACCGCACCCGGGACCGGGAUAACCGCACCUGGGGCUGGGACACCGCACCUGGCCCGGGACAGCUCACCUGGGGCCGGGACAGCUCACCUGGACCGGGACACCGCACCCGGGGCCAUGUCCCCCGCAGCCACCGCGCCCAGCGCCGCGGGGACGGCUCUUCCCACCCUGCGCUGGCAUCCAUGCGGCUUCUGAGCCCGCACACCCUCCAGGUCUGGAGCUGAGCAGAGGGAUGGGCAGUGCCAGCCCCGGGCUGCCCACUCUGCCCCACGGCCGCCUGGCCUGGCCGGACCCCGCGCUGCUGCCACCCCCGCGGGACCCCCAGCCCCGCAGCUGGGGCUGCCCGGAGAGCCCCAGCCCCCCCAGCACCCCCGAGCAGCCCCUGCCUGCCUUCUGCCUGCACUACUUCGACAUGCUCUACCCCGAGGACACGGCCUGGGCCACCAAGGGCACCGGGGAGGUGGCCCAGAGCAGCGGCCAGGGCGGGCGGGAGGAGGCGCGGAAGGAGCCGGAGCAGUGUCCCAUCAUCGACAGCCAGGGCCUGGGGCUGGGGCCCGACGGGGAGCUGCAGGACAGCCUGCACCUGGAGGAGGUGCAGAGCAUGGUGCUGGGCGAGGUGCUGAAGGACAUCGAGACAGCCUGCAAGCUGCUCAACAUCGCCGCAGACCCCAUGGACUGGAGCCCCGGGAAUGUGCAGAAGUGGAUCUUGUGGACGGAGCACCAGUACCGGCUGCCGCAGAUCGGGAAGUCCUUCCAGGAGCUGUCGGGGAAGGACCUGUGUGCCAUGUCCGAGGAGCAGUUCUGCCAGCGCUCGCCCGCCUGCGGGGACAUCCUGCACGCCCACCUCGACAUCUGGAAGUCCGCCGCCUGGAUGAAGGAGAAGGCUGCCCCGGGAGAUGGGAGAUACUGCGGAGGUGACACCGGCUGGGCCGACAGCGAGGUGGACUCGUCCUGUGCCGGCCAACCCAUCCACCUCUGGCAGUUCCUCAAGGAGCUGCUGCUGAAGCCGCACAACUACGGCCGCUUCAUCCGCUGGCUCAACAAGGACAAAGGCAUCUUCAAGAUUGAGGACUCGGCGCAGGUGGCCCGGCUGUGGGGCAUCCGCAAGAACCGCCCGGCCAUGAACUACGACAAGCUGAGCCGCUCCAUCCGGCAGUACUACAAGAAAGGGAUUAUCCGUAAACCCGACAUCUCCCAGCGCCUCGUCUACCAGUUUGUCCACCCGGUGUGAGCGGCGGCGGGACCGGCUGAGCGCCGGGAGGUACCGGGGGACCUCGGCUGCCUCCCUCUGCCCCAGCCACAGAGAGCCCCUGCCAGCAGCAAGGACCUUGGCUGCGGUGCGAGGCUUCCCCUGCCAGGACCUGUCGGACACAGGGAGCUCCUCACCGCCAGCAGGACCGUGCAGAGCCCUGGUUCCUCACGGGAAGGGUGGGCACGGUGGUUGGGCUUGUCCCAAAUCCUCUCCUCCCUCCUGGGUUCUGGCUGUAGGUGGCUUCACCCCAGCCAUUGUUCAGGGAGGAAAAGUCCGGGGCAUGAACUGAGACAAUGGCACCCACAGGGACACCCACAGGGACAG